UUGUCAUCCCUUUUAAUAAAUGUCUGUAUUCUCACUACAGAGUCAGUGUAUGACCUACUUCCCAGAGAACUGCAGUUGCCUUCGACUACUCAGCAGACCCCAGAAGUCAUGAGUCAAACAAGCGGCGGAGAGGCCGGGACUCUCCCCUCAGCUCCUUUAGGAUCAGAUGCCAUGUCCUCUUCUCUGACCAUGGAAGGCCCUCGCAGUGCUUUUUCCACCUUAUCUAGCUCCACCGCGCAUUCCAGCACUUCAGGCAGUGACCUGAACCCAGCUCACAACAGAAAUGUUGAUCCAGACGACACCAGGAAUAGCAGAGUGGUACCAGAGAUUGCUGGAGCGGAGGGCGGGAGUGGGAACAACGGCAGCACAGCAAAUGGCAGGGGCAACUGUGAGCUGGGAGGAGGAAGAGGUGCUCUACCGCAGGAUGCCUCAGCACAUCAUCAGAUGACCCCGUCAAAGCGCCGCACCAUUCUGAACAUCUCCCCACCACCACAAGACCUGUUGGAUGACAGCCGCAUGUCCUGCCAGGAUGACUCAAUCCUGGACUCGGAGCAGAGUAACAGCAUCUGGAUGGAUGACUCUCUGUCCAACUUCAGCAUCAUGAGCACUUCCUCAUACAACGACAACACAGAGGUGCCGAGAAAGUCCCGCAAGCGCACCCCCCGCCAGAGGCCAGGACCUAAGACUGGGCCUGCAGCAGGAACCAGUAUGGAUGUAUUUGAUGCAGACAGCGCCAAAGGUCCACACUUUGUCUUGUCUCAGCUCGGCCCCGACACCAAGUCUGGCUCAAAGGGAAGCUCUGAUGAUCCGCAGACACCGAGUCGUAAAGGAGGAACUCUGUCAAUGCAGUUCCCACAGAAGUGCGAAGGAAAGGAGCUGAAGAUCAUGGUUCAGCCUGAGACUCAGCACAGAGCUCGCUACCUGACUGAAGGUAGCAGAGGGUCAGUCAAGGACCGCACCCAGCAGAGCUUUCCUACUGUAAAGCUGGAGGGUGUGAAUGAACCAGUGGUUUUGCAGGUGUUUGUUGGCAACGAUGCUGGUCGUGUGAAGCCUCAUGGAUUUUACCAAGCUUGCAGAGUCACUGGCCGCAACACCACUGCCUGCAAAGAAGUGGACAUUGACGGCACAACAGUCAUUGAGGUGCCCCUUGAUCCGAGCACCAAAAUGAAAUUAGCGGUUGACUGCGUUGGGAUUUUGAAGCUCCGUAAUGCCGAUGUUGAAGCUCGCAUUGGUGUAGCAGGGUCCAAGAAGAAGAGCACACGUGCUCGGCUGGUGUUUCGGGUCAACAUUCCAAGAUCAGAUGGCUCAAUGCUCACACUACAGACCCCCUCAUCUCCCAUCCUUUGCACCCAGCCGGCAGGGGUGCCUGAAAUACUGAAGAAGUCACUCAACAGCUGCUCAGUGAGAGGUGGAGAAGAAGUCUUCAUUAUUGGCAAAAACUUUCUUAAGGACACAAAAGUCAUAUUCCAUGAGAAUAUUUCUGAUGAGAAGUCGUGGAAGGCAGAAGCUGAAAUUGACAUGGAGCUUUUUCAUCAGAAUCACCUGAUCGUGAAGGUGCCAGCAUACCAGAAUCAAGAUAUCACCUCUGCAGUGUGUGUGGGGAUCUAUGUGGUCACGAAUGCUGGGAGGUCCCACGAUGUUCAACCAUUCACCUACACUCCAGAUCCAGCAAAAAAUGAUGUACCUGUGAAGAAAGAGAUGCCUUCUCCAGUGAAGACCUGUUCUUUUGAUGAGCAAAUUAAAGAUGGUGCCUUGAUACCUUCAAUAUUGCCUUUAGUGAAAAGAGAAGAUGUCACUCCUAUGGAGGUGACAAGCAACCUACAGUUGUCUCGUGUGUUUAAGACAGGCGACCUGUGUUCCACUCAGCAGAGCUCAGAAAUGACAGCAAGCCAUCUUAAUAAUAACAGGGCAUUCAACAAUAACCUGUCUCAGGCUACAGGUGAUCCUGACAAAGGCCCGGCUGAUGCAUUUACAAACACUGAACCUUUAAGCACCAUCCAAAAGCAGGACAUUGCUGUUAGCAGCUCGUUCUCUUUGCCCCCAGACUCCAUUCUCCCACAAGGAACGCAGCAGUUUCUCAUGGAGCCCAGAGAAGUUCUCACACAGGAGAGGCCCAGCAGCAGUUCGGCUGGCGUAGGGAGGCUGUGUAGUGAACCAGCAUCCCAACAACAGCAGCAGCAGCAGCAGCAGCAGCUAUCGCAUUUUCCUCCAGAUGAAGUAGCCCAGCUGGAGGAGGCAGUGAGACAACUUAAAGCUAAAGGAUACUGUAGCCUACCACUUCAGUCAGACAACUCCAUACCGAAACAGCACCAACACAUUCAGCACCAACAGCAGAUCCAAAAUCAGCAAAUUCAACAGCAGCAGAUCCAGCAGCAGAUCCAGCAGCAACAACAGAUCCAAAACCAGCAAAUUCAACAGCAGCAAAUCCAGCAGCAGAUCCAGCAGCAACAACAGAUCCAAAACCAGCAAAUUCAGCAGCAGCAACAUAAGCAAAUCCGGCAGCAGCAGGUUUUGGAAAAUUUACAGCAGCAGCUCUUCCAGUCACAGAUUCAGAUGCAGUGCGGAAUGUUCCAGGAGGGUUCCCAGGGUAAAAAUGCAGAGUGUCAAGGGUCGCCACAAGGGAUGGUAACAAACCAGGGAUCUCUUUUCCAGCAGGACCAACAGCAACAGAGUCAGCAGCAGCAAGCAGUCCUGUUCCAGCAGGCAAAUGAACUUUGUUCUAUGCAGGCCAACUUCAUCCAGCAGACCCCCACUCAUUCGUCACCCCCCAUAUUCCACAGUCCCAGCCCUUUGACCGAAACCCAAGAUCCACAAGGGGCUCUGUUUCAGAAAGCCUCCCAGGAGCAGGUGCAGGCUGCUCUUUUCCAAAACACCAUGACAGUGCUGCCAUCUCCAGAGCAACAGCCCUCAACUCCUGGACUUUUCCUCCCACAGCCUUCCCUGUCCUCUCAGCUUUCAACCAGCAGUCCUCAGCAACAGCAACAGCAACUGGCCUUCAUCAGUGCUCUGCAGUCUGCACAACCAGAACAACAAUCCGUAUUUCAGCCCCAGGCACAGAUGUCCCCUAUCCAGCAAAGAAGUCCCAUGGAACAGCAGCAGGCCUCCCAGUCGCACACACAACCAGUCCAACAGGCAGGCCUGUUUCAGACUAUAUCCCCACAUUCAUCUCCGAGCACUCUCUCCCCAGGCCAGCAGCAGCAACAGCAGCCUGGCCUGUUAUUUUGUAGCAACAACAUAUCUGCACAGCCCCAGGCCGCCAACCUCCUGUUCUCCAACCAAGGCCAGAUGCCCCCCCUAACCACCAGCGGCCUAGUGUCUCAAGAACCCCAAAACCCGUCUCUACUCUUUUCCCAAGCCAACAUGGUUACAGUCAGUCAGCAAAAUCAGCCUGAGCCCAUGGCUAUCGGGAACCCCACUGAUCCACAGCAGCAAGUCAUGUUUCGAGAGCAGCAGCCCAUGCAGUUGGGCGGCAGCGCCAACAACCAACAGGAGCAGCCUGUGGGCCUCUUCAUGUCCCAGUCCAAUAUGACCCCUCUGCAGGGGGGCCUGGCUACCCAGGAGCUCGCACAGUCAGCCAUGUUUGCUUCACAGAAUGGUGUGGCGACCCUCCAGACAACCACCUCUUCCCCAGUCCAGCAACCAGGACCUCUGUUUCAGAACGGUGUGAACGGGAGCAUCAAUCAGCCCAACCAGCCUCAGCAACCUGGCCUGUUCAUUUUUGGCAUUGAGAACGACUGUGGACAGAUGCUGAACACAGCAGGAAGCACACUAUCAGAUCAGAUAAUAGCCAUCAGCCAGUCUGGUCAGAACGAAAGAGAAAGUGAGGCACACAUCCAGUCCCUGCUCAGCCAGUCCAUGACCCAGUCUGGGCCUGUGCAGGGCAGCAUGGCUGCCUCUCAGAACAUGGAGAAAAUCAAUGAUCUACUGGUCAGCCUGCAGGAGACGGGCAGCUCAUACUGACCAUCCUACAGGUUCACACGAAAGAAUAUUCACUUAUACUGUAAAUAUCUCAAAUACUUUUAAAACGUGCAAAAAGGAUCCAAAUCGCAUCUGCUGAAAACUACAUGCAGGUAAAUAUCUGUCAGUGAGCCCCCAUUUUCCACCUGUUUGUGGUCCCUAAUGUUUCUCUGCUCCUUUAAAUUAGGUGGAUGUGUUUAGAAAGAAACUGUGAAGCAGAGGUAAUGUUGAAAGUGCUGGUGGCCAAGACCGGCCAGCUUCUUCAGGCCAACUUACUUGUGACCAUGAGGACAAAGAUCGUAAUUGUCUAUCCAGAUAUUUGAACUUUGACCUAAGACUGGCUGUGCAGGUUGGCCAAGAAAAUUGCAACAUCUCUUUGUAACUUAACGAGUGGCUACAUCCAUUUUGUUUUAACUCACAUGAAAAUGGAGACAGACUCCAGGCGAGCCUGAUCAGAAGUGAAAAUCAACCCCUUUCCCUAUGAACUGAAUGGAUCUUGGAUCUCAUCUAACUUCUUUUCAAUUAUCAGUAGUUUGCCAGUGUUUUUGUCUGUGGUAUUUUCCUGUUCUUUUAGUGUUUUCUAAAUUGUUCUUCAAAGUGUUUAUUGGUUGCCAUGAAUUGUACUCCUUGUUUUUGUUUGUUUUUAUUUAUCUUUCUUUUUUCCUUAAUUUUAUUCCCUUUUUUUGCCUUUUUGGUGCGUGGACGACAGAGCGUAUGGUAUGGUUGGAAUUUUUUUUCGGACUGUGAAAUUUAUGGUGUAAGUGGAAGGCAGCAGUUGUUAAGGUGAUACAGAAGGUGUGUUGAAAGUGGGCUGAAAGUAAAGAAAGGCGAAAAGCAGUACAAAUUCUCAAAAAAUCAACACGUCACAACAAUUUGGUAUGUUUAUUAUUCUGAUGGUGAAGCAGCUGCCUGGUAAUGAUGGUAAAUGCAGUCGAGAUGCCUCCACAGCAAGCAUCUCACUAAGAAUAUGAUGUAAAAGCCUUAGUAAUAUAUUUUCCAUUCUGCGCAGGCCCGCCUAAGUUAAUUUUGUCAAGGUCCAGUAAUGCCUGUAGAAAACUAUGGUAAGCUUCAGCCUAGAAACAUGUUUUUAAGACAAUCCGGUAUAGACUGGUUCUUUGAUGACAUUUCUGAUCAAAGGUACUGCACAAUCUUACCUAGACGGGUGGUUUUCAUUUUAGGUUUCACUUGCAUCCUCCACAUUGUUUAAGAAUCUGUGUAGUUGAUGAUGUCCUCUAAUCCUGUUAAAAAAAUAUUUUUAAAAAAGAAGCGAAUGGAUAUAUAAAUGUUGUAUUAUGACAGAUUUUUGGUAAUGUGAUUGUUACAAAAGCCAUUUCUGAAAACAUAAAACCUUUCAAUUCAAAUCACAUCAGAAAAUGGGAAACAAAAGUAAUGUGUCCACUGUGCUACUUUCUCGGCUUUCAGUUCUUGUUAGAGUAAAAAGACAAGGGGUGUGCAAAUGUAGAAAAGGGAUUGUAAACUUAGGCUUUGUUAUUUUUCGGUGGAGUCAUUGUCAAAGUUUUAGUCAUUUUGAUGGCUUUGCUCAGCGCCAGGCACGCAGAAACUGGAAUCACUUUCUUAAACCAGCUGGAAAAGUGUUUUAUAAAUGUGUUGGGUUCAGUGAAUAUUGCGGAGAAGCAAAACGUUUGUUCAUGCAGGUUACGGUGUAAACCUACACGAGUAGAGCUGUUUUUAGGUUUUAGGUUUCACAGACUUAAUGUCCUUAUCUGCAGGUGGCCAGCAGCCUCAGGACCAAAGUUUGACUCAAACCUUUCUUUGUAUAGAUCCUGUAAACUGGCCAGUUUUAUGGCUUGUGAAAAUUAAUUUUCUUUUUUUCUUACUGGAAAAGUUGAAUAGAUUUAGUUGCUUAUUUCUUCCCAGAAAGUUCAAAAUAUACAGUUUCAGGUUGUAUUUUGCUUUUUCUAUCUUUUUCCCUUUGUUCUUGCACAAUACUAUGUUUUUCAUUUGUGAUUUCACUGUAAGUGUAUGCACGAACAAGGGGCUGGUCUCUGAAACAGAAAUUAGCUCAGUUUUGUUGUCUUUGCUUUUUUCUUUUCUGUGUUUGUCAUAAAGAAAAAACAUUACCACCGUUACAUUUUGUAUUCCCUUUGAAAUAAAAAACAGCUGUCGCUUUAGGAUGGCGAUUCAGUUUGUUUGACCUAUGUGAUUAGUCCACUAAGGGAUUCUGUGUGAGAGCUGGUAAAAUGGUAUUUAAAGGGACCCUACUCCUGAAGGAAACCUGACUUUGUAAAUAACCAUCUUAUACUGACUUUCUUCAACUUGUGAAAUAGAAGAAAUAUUAUUUCUGGUGCAUAGAUUUAUGAUUUUGUUAGCUUAAAUGUUUGCUUUUCAUUUAUUAUGUACACACACAGAUAUAUAUAUUCCAAGACACACGACACAAUUCUAAUUUGUUUGUUUAUCAUCUAAAUAAUUUCCCAUAAUUCUACCUGUGUUUGUAAUAUUACCAAUGACAACAAUGUGAUUUGGCUCCCUUCACCUGCUGAUACUGUGUCUUCUUAUACGUGGAAGGCCCUGUAGGCUGCCCAGUGAGGAGGCAGCCUUAUUCUGCUGUGACUAAAAUAAAUGUAGCAUCACUACAUUUCACUUUUCUAUUCCAUCACAUGUGGUUGCGGCCGAGAAGUUUUAGAAGCGGUUUGGUUACAUCAGUGUUUACUGACUCGUCAUAGGCUGUUAUUUACUCUCUUUUUUUUAAUGUGUCAGUAACAGUUUUAGUCCUCAGCUCUUUGACUCACUGAUAAGGAUACUGAUUGUACAUUUCCCAAAAGUUUCCUAAGUGCCUCUUAUCUGUAGAACCCAAAGUUGUCCAUGAUGACCCACAGUUUUGCAGCGGAUUCCAAGCGUAGGGGAUAUUGUUUCUAAUGUGCGAAAAAAAAAAAAAAGGUUAGUCCAUCUUCCUGUGAUAUUGGUGGUGGUGCCUUAUAAAGAGGAAAGUAACAUGUUUUGGAUACAAUGGAUAGAAUGUUAAUUAUUAUGCUCAGCACAUGCAGAUAUCAAGUGUGUUUAAAACUUGUUCAAGUUCAUUUCUGAAAAAAUGGCUUACAGCCGGACAAAGUGGCACCACACCAUCAGACCAGCAGACUUCAGUAUUUUUUUAUAUACAAUGCUCAAUGUGAUUUAAUAUCAUGGAUGUAAAGGUCUUUUUUAGAUCCAGAAUGUUUCUGAUGCGCAUACUGUGGAGGUAAUUACUUUUUUGAAAUUACAGUUUCCUCAUAUGCUCAUUUACACUUUCAGCGAAGAUCCGAGACAUGUGAUCCAUAUUACAGUCUUUACUAAAUGUAUGAAAAAGAAGGAGAUUUGAAAAGUUCUCACAUAUUUAUCUUUGUUCAUUGCAGUUAAACCUGACAUGGGUUUUCUUUCAAUUUUCACCGUCUAAUUUAAUACUAACUUGCUGAAUUGCAGGUGCAGGUUUACUAAAACGACUCUUAAGACACUAGUAGAGAUUGUACAUGAGCCCUGAGGAAAUACUGCAGCAGCAACUGAAUUGAUGAAUUACCAUUGCUGCUUAUAGAAACAUCCCUCUGGACCUACCAGCAGUUAUCAGUCCUCGUUAACUAGAAUAUGUUAGCCAUUAUUCCUUCAUGUGUACUUUUAGGUGCUCGAUAUUGGUAAACAGAUGAAUGUGAUCGUGAUGGAUACAUGUGUUGUGCAAUUUCUGUGAUGCACCUAAUUUGUUUGUACCUAUUGCAUUUAUGAAUUUUAACAUAGAUGCAGACCAAUUUUCUCUGAAACUGCUAUGCAGCUAAUAAACUUUAAAAGUAGAUCUUUUGAAUAUUUAUUUUUCUAUAUCGCCUCUCCUGUUUUCACCUUAAAGGAGAAACCAAAAUAGAUAUUCUCUCUAUUAUUUAUGUUGCUUGUUGAUGUUUGUCCAUGCUUUGGGUACAGCAUAAACUAUUUUGUUCCUUUGGUUACAGAGCCUCUUUCCCCUUUCCACUAUGAACAAAGACAGGGACUUUUCCUCCUCUUAGACUAAAGGUCACUCAUUGUUUGUUCUCUGAAUUACCAUUUUGAUUACUUGGAUUAGGUGUCUCUAGUCAGCCUUAUUGUAUUCUAAUGCAGUAAUUACACCUUGGAGUACAGGUACGCCCUGGUGUCAAACUUUGUCAUGUCACUAUAGAAAAGAAAGUGAAAGAGAAACAGUUGGUAUGACAUUUGCCUGUCAGAAACCACAGACUACAUACAAAAACAAAAAUAAUCUGAGGUUUGUUCUCCUCGUCACGAGUCUGAAAAGCCUUUUUUUUGCUUUCACUUUUAACCAGGUCAACCAAUUUCCAAACCAACUCAAAAAGGGGAAAUUAGCCUUUUCCUGUUUCCUGUUCAUUUGCCUAUAGUUGGAAUGCUAUGUCUUUCAAUUACAUUUCUGUAAACCUCCUGCAAUCUGCUAUUAAAAUCAUAUAUUUGAAGUUUUA